AAGGUAAACAUUGGGAGCGUACGCGGUUGAUGACGGUCGUCAUCGUGGAUGGUCGCAAGCUGAUGAUGAAUAAAUAUAAAACUGCGUUUUCCAUCGAGAUAAACGAAAGACUCGGUGCUGGAAACUGUUGGUCAUUUCUUUUCAGUGUCGUUUCGGAUGCGCUGUGAAGCGGUGGUGUUUUUCGCGGACUCCCGGCAAGUGGCGGCCAGUUUGGGGCGGACAGUCAAUCCGGCUGGUUCCAGGCGGGUUUCGAGCACGGGAUUAGUGACGACCUCUUAAGUGGCUUACAAAGCAGCAGCAGAGAGCGAGUGUUCCAAGUGGUUUCCGGAAGUGAGGUUAAGUGGUUUCGAUCAAUCAGCUUCGCACAAACAAGUGAUUUAAUCGGCUUACACGGUCCGCAGCAGGUUAAUCGGUUACCGGUUCCAAGGGUCAAUUGAUCGGAUGAUUAAUUCGUGAUUGUUCAAACACCCGUGGCGGUGUGUCCUAGGUGAAGAGUGUUUCUGAGUGUGUUCCGGGUUGCAUAACCACCCCCAACCUCCAAGGGGUUCCACCUCGGUGUGUCAAAUCCGCGUGGCGUGCUGCCAAGAAAACCGUCGUAGCGUCGUGUUCCGUAAUUGAUGAUUGUCCGCUGCCCCGGGAUGGGGUCCCGGACCCUGGUACUCCUACUGCUGCUACCGGCUGUGGUGCUCGCGGUGGCCGCACCCUCCUCCUCCUCCGGCACCGGCACCGGACAGAUCGCCAACGCUGUAGUGGACGAUCCGGAAUUCACGGACAUAAUCGAGAACAUAACGGUUCCAGCAGGACGCAACGUCAAGCUGGCAUGUUCGGUGAAAAACCUCGGCUCCUAUAAGGUCGCCUGGAUGCACUUCGAACAGUCCGCGAUCCUGACCGUGCACAACCACGUGAUCACGCGCAAUCCGCGGAUUAGCGUGACGCACGACAAGCACGAUAAGCACAAGACCUGGUUCCUGCACAUCUCGAACGUCCAGGAAGAGGACAAGGGCCGGUACAUGUGCCAGAUCAACACCGUCACGGCCAAGACCCAGUUCGGCUAUCUGCACGUCGUUGUCCCGCCCAACAUCGACGACUCGGUGUCCUCGAGCGAUCUGAUCGUGCGCGAGGGCGCCAACGUGACACUGCGCUGCAAGGCCACCGGCAGUCCGCCGCCGUCGAUCAAGUGGAAGCGGGACGACGGCACCAAGAUCACCAUCACCCGGAACAACAGUGUGACGGACUGGGAGGGUGACGUCCUGAACAUGUCCCGAGUGUCCCGGUUUGACAUGGGCGCCUACCUGUGCAUCGCGUUCAACGGAGUUCCGCCGAGCGUGUCCAAGCGGAUUAAAGUCAGUGUCGAUUUUCCGCCGAUGCUGUGGAUCCCGCACCAGCUAGUUGGCAUCCCCGUGGGCUACAACGCCAGCCUGGAGUGCAACAUUGAAGCCCAUCCUACCUCACUCAACUACUGGACGCGGGAAAAUGACCAGAUGAUUCACGAUUCGCUCAAGUACAAAACCGAGACCAUUCCGGGGACGCCCUCGUACAAGGCCGUCAUGCGGUUGCACAUCACCGAGGUGCAGCACAGCGAUUACGGCGUCUACCGGUGCAUCGCGAAGAACCCCCGCGGCGAAACCGACGGGACGAUCCGGCUGUACUCAUCCAGUCCACCAACGACGAUACCUCCCUCGACGACCGAAACCAUCACGACCACGGUUUCGUCCACGAAGAGUUUCGAGCUGCCGGCAGGGCCCUCGACGCUGGCACCGGUCAGCUACUUCGAUAAAGGUACCAAACACCAAUCCAGCCUGAACGAGGUGGACCGAUCGGAGCAUAAAUCCGGUGACGGUUCGUCCAAGUCGGGCCGGGAUCGGCCAGCUUCCAAGCACCAGAACAGCAAUGGAUCCACCCACGUGGUCAGCACCAGUUGGACACUGGUGGCUCUGGCCGUGGCCCUCCAGAUGCUGGUGUCCAGGCUGACAACAUCCAGCAGCAGCCAGCAGUGACGAUGACUGCCAGGACUGCCGGACGUUACCGUAGUAGUUGUAGUAGCAGCAGUUUGUUGGCACUUUUGUUAAUCCCGAACGGUCGCGAGAGAGUGUGAUCCGAAGAACUUUUUCGAUGUUAUCGUUCCGUUGGUUAUUCCAACCGGUUGAUCUGUCCCGGAGGGGAUGCGAGGACACAGUCCUCGAGCGUGUUCCUCCAGACGGCGAGGGAGAGGGUCACCGGUUCCAGAUUUUUGCUUGCAAUGAUUUCAGGACGCGUUCGCACAGCACGCUCACCACAAAUGAUGAGAAAUAAAAAAAAAUGGUUUGAACCGAAUUGUGUAAAGGUAGCUAUGUUACAAUUUGUACAUUUAAUCAAAAUAUUUAGAACAAGACAAGGGUAGGUAAAUUUUUACGACAAGGUAAGAAACACUCAACCACACAAAAAUCAAACGAGCAAACAAAAUAUUAAACGAUAAACUUAAAAACAUAGACUAGAAAGAGCAAACCUAGGUUGCGGGGAGUUAAACAAAAAAAAAACAGUGGGGAGGGAUAGUGAGAGCAAUUGUUGUAAAAUUAAGUUAUUAUCAGGUAAUGGAACUCAACCCCGAUGACAGGCGCGAUAUGAUAAUUGAUAGUGUUAAUGCCUUACAUGAAAAAAACAA